AUGAAGAUUCAAUUAGCAAUUGGAUUUUUAGUCUCUGCUGCAGCAGCAGCAAUGUCAGCAGCCACCGAAAACACAGAUGCGGUAAAGGAAACAAAGCUCUUAAGAGUACCCAUCAGCAAAAAGAAGAUCAUUCAUGGCGGACCACCCAUUGCAUCGCUUCGUAGACGAGCUCAGUACAACGAGAAGCUAUACAUUGGGGAUGGCUCAAUUUACAUGGUCGAUGUAGCCAUUGGUACACCACCUCAAAACUUCGAGCUUGUUUUGGAUACUGGAAGUGCCGAUCUGUGGGUACCUGGAGCAAGUUGCCCUAGCACCAUGUGCCCACUCGCUAAAUUCAAUGAGAGCCAAUCUAGCACAUUCAAAGACAUGGGCCAAGUGUUCAAUAUCACCUAUGGCAUUGGGAGUGCUUCUGGAGGAUUUGGUAUGGAUACCGUCAACAUUGGCGGCGCCAUCAUUGAACAACAGCAAUUUGGUUUGGCCAGCAAGACACAGAACAUUUUGACCAACAUGCAAACACUCUCUGGGGAGUCCUAUACGCCUACCAUCAGCAGUGCAGACAAUGUCACCAGUUACAGCACAGACCGUCGUAUGGAUGGCAUUUUUGGGCUAGGAUAUCCAUUGAUCACAUCUCCCACCACCAGCUACAAUCCAUUCUUCUUUAAUUUGAAGGCUCAAAAGAAGAUCGACCAGAAUAUAUUCUCUGUUUUCCUCAACAAAUCUGAAUCCAUGGACACAUUGGGCGAGAUUGUUUUUGGCGGUAUCGAUAAAACAAAGUAUCAGGGACCUCUCACCUACCUUCCACUCGCUAAAACCACUCGCAUUUCUGCUGGCGGUAGAUCUGACUACGGCUACUGGCAAGUAUUCGGACAAGGAGUGGGCGCUACUGUGAACGGAAAGACCACGCUUGAUGCGCCUUUCAAAGAGACCACCCAAUUUGUAUUUGACACUGGCACUACAUUGACUUAUUUGCCCAUGAAUGUCAUUGAACCCCUCUUCGCUGCGGCAAUUGGAAAUACAAACUUGGCAUAUGAUUCUGCUAAUAAUUACUUUCAGGUUCGAUGUUCCAUGGCUCAACAGAACGUUACGCUCCAAUUCAUGAUGUCACCCUCGGCAAAUGUUACUGAUACACCGGUUGUAUUAAAUGUUGCCAUUGCCGACGUUAUUUAUCCUAUGGAUAGUGACUACAUGUCCUCUGCAAGUGUCUGUAUGAUUGGUAUUGUGCCUACCACAGGACAGAUCUUCUUUGGUGAGUCUGUAUUGAGAAGCUUGUAUCAAGUGUAUGAUGUAGAUCAGAACCGAAUUGGUAUUGCAAGUGCCAUUGGAUCAAGUUCUUUUAUUUCGGGUGCUACAGGCAAUGAUACAUCCUCAAAUGGAGGCAGCUCAGGUGGCAGUAAUAAUAGCAACAGCAACAGUAAUACUGCAUCCAGUUCAGCUGGGACAUCUAAGCAAGCCAGUAUUCUUAGUAGCACUGUGAUUAGUGCUUGUAUUUUGUAUGCUUUAAACUAUCUUUAA